AUGGGCGAGAAGUUCAUUGUGGAGUUUGGCAGCAGCAAGGACGAAGACAGAGAAGAGCUGAUCGGAAAACUGACUGCUGACGAGAGAACCAAGGUCGUCAAGCGCUUCGACCACGCGAUCUUCUCAGGCGUGGUGAUCGAGACGGGCAAUCACAACCUUGACACUCUCCGGGCACUUCCGAAUGUAGGGAAUGUCUGGCCAUCGAGAAAUGAGGGUCUCUUGACCCAGCUUGGAGGCCGCUGA